UGGCGCCGUGGUUUUUCCGCGGAGGUCGGGGAGGGGGACCCUCGGGGGACCUGCGGGACGGCGGUCCAUGCGUCCCGGGCGGGGAUGCGGCGGAUGACGCGGUGUGCGCCCGUCGAUGGCCCGGGCAGGGUGCCCCGCGAGCCGGGUGACCGACGGCGCCUUGCUCCCUCCCCCCAGGGCGAGCCAUGUUCAGCUCGAGCGCCAAGAUCGUCAAGCCCAAUGGCGAGAAGCCGGACGAGUUCGAGUCCGGCAUCUCUCAGGCGCUGCUCGAGCUGGAGAUGAACUCGGAUCUCAAGGCGCAGCUGCGGGAGCUCAACAUCACCGCGGCCAAGGAAAUUGAAGUUGGUGGUGGCCGGAAAGCCAUCAUAAUUUUUGUACCAGUUCCUCAGCUGAAAUCCUUCCAAAAAAUCCAAGUCCGGCUGGUUCGUGAAUUGGAGAAAAAGUUCAGCGGGAAACACGUAGUCUUCAUUGCUCAGAGGAGGAUUCUGCCCAAGCCAACUCGGAAAAGCCGUACGAAAAAUAAGCAGAAGCGCCCCAGAAGCCGCACGCUCACCGCAGUGCACGACGCCAUCCUUGAGGACUUGGUCUUCCCGAGUGAGAUUGUGGGCAAGAGGAUCCGUGUGAAACUGGACGGCAGCCGGCUCAUAAAGGUUCAUUUAGACAAAGCACAGCAGAACAACGUGGAGCACAAGGUGGAAACUUUUUCUGGUGUGUAUAAGAAGCUCACGGGCAAGGAUGUUAAUUUUGAAUUCCCAGAGUUUCAGUUGUAAAGAAAAUGACUGAAUAAAGUGUCAUUCGUAGUG